CUUUUCCCUCAGUUUAUAUAAACACAUUUAAACCUUCAUAAGUUCAUAUCACCUUGUUUACUAACAAAGAAGGAACACAUAGUAAAACACUAAAAUGCCCUCGGUCGGAAUCGUCAUCGGAGAUGGCAAAAGGGAGUACCCCGGCAACCUCACUCCUUACGUCACCGUGACAUGUAUCGUCGCCGCCAUGGGUGGUCUCAUCUUCGGUUACGACAUCGGAAUCUCCGGUGGAGUGACGACUAUGGAGUCGUUUCAGAAGGAGUUCUUCCCGUCGGUUUACGAGCAACAGAAGAAGGACCACGUGUCAAACCAGUACUGCAGAUUCGACAGCGUUCCUCUCACUCUCUUCACCUCUUCUCUCUACUUAGCCGCGGUCUGUUCCUGCGUCGUCGCCUCCUACGUCACCCGUAAGUUUGGCCGGAAGAUUUCGAUGCUUCUCGGCGGAGUUCUCUUCUGCGCCGGAGCUCUUCUUAAUGGUUUUGCUACCGCUGUUUGGAUGCUCAUCGUUGGCCGUUUGUUACUCGGUUUUGGUAUCGGAUUCACCAAUCAGUCUGUACCGUUGUAUCUCUCGGAGAUGGCGCCGUAUAAAUACAGAGGAGCAUUAAACAUCGGAUUCCAGCUCUCGAUCACUAUUGGUAUCCUCGUCGCCAACGUUUUGAACUUCUUCUUCUCCAAAAUCCGCGGCGGAUGGGGAUGGCGGCUUAGUCUCGGCGGCGCCGUCGUUCCAGCUCUCAUUAUCACCGUCGGUUCCCUUAUCCUCCCGGAUACACCAAACUCCAUGAUCGAGCGAGGUAAAUUUAAGCAAGCCGAAACGAAGCUCCGUAAGAUCCGAGGCGUCGACGAUGUUGAAGCCGAGAUGAACGACUUAAUCGCCGCCAGUGAAGCUUCGAAGCUCGUUGAGAAUCCAUGGCGAAACUUGUUGCAGAGGAAGUAUAGACCGCAUCUAACGAUGGCGAUUCUGAUCCCUUCGUUUCAGCAGCUCACUGGAAUCAAUGUCAUCAUGUUUUACGCGCCGGUUCUGUUCCAGACGAUCGGUUUUGGUAACGACGCGGCUCUGAUGUCGGCGGUUGUGACCGGUUUGGUUAACCUUGGAGCGACGGUGGUCUCGAUCUAUGGCGUUGAUAAGUGGGGAAGACGACUUCUCUUCCUUGAAGGAGGAUUACAAAUGCUCAUUUCUCAGGUAGCUGUUGCGGUGGCGAUCGGAGCUAAGUUCGGCGUUGAUGGGAACCCAGGUGAUUUACCAAAAUGGUACGCCAUUGUUGUGGUCUUGUUCAUAUGCAUCUACGUGUCGGCGUUUGCUUGGUCUUGGGGUCCUCUUGGAUGGCUAGUUCCUUCGGAGAUUUUCCCGCUGGAAAUACGAUCAGCGGCUCAGAGCAUAACGGUGUCGAUGAACAUGAUCUUCACGUUCAUAAUAGCUCAGGUGUUUCUGAUGCUGCUUUGCCACCUGAAGUUCGGGUUGUUCAUAUUCUUCGCGUUUUUCGUGUUGGUGAUGUCCAUUUUCGUCUACCUUUUCUUGCCGGAGACAAGAGGUGUACCGAUCGAGGAGAUGAGUAAAGUCUGGAGAUCACAUUGGUAUUGGUCAAGGUUCAUUGAUGCCUGAUGAGCCUUACGGACCAUGUUAUUGAAAUAUCUUUUGGUUAAUUAUUAAUAAAUGUUGUCUUUUGUCUUCAAUCAAGCAAAGAGUCUGAGAGUAAAAGAACAAUCAGGACUGAGAACAAUGCAAGCCUGAAUUGAGUUCUGAAAACA